UCGUUGGUGUUAGAGAGCGCAUGCGCAUAAAAUUUCCCGGGAAUCGGGUCUUUCCGGGUCUCCGACACGGAUUUCCCACUUUCGUUCGUCACUUGAGCGUCCGAGUCUACGACGUGCGAGACAAGGCAACAGGUGACAAAUAUUCGCGCCGAAAAGAGAAGAUUUAUUAUCAAAAGAGAAAGAAAGAGAGAGAGAGAGAGAUAGAGAGAGAGAGAGAGAGAAAGUUACUCGUCUCGAUAUAAUCGAUUUUUCUUAUUGAAAAGAAUUUUCAAGGAUAGUUGUAUUUCAUUUCCCAUCCGUCGGGAUUUGACACAUACGUUCUUCUCGCUUUCAUUUUGUUCCCCCGACACGUUUAUUCUCUUCUCUGAUUUAUUUCUGUCUUCGAAGGUAUCCGAGAGGAAUCCAACGAACAAAAAAUAUAAUAAGGAAAAGUUUAGUUUCAUUAUAAUAUUUAUCAAAUCUAUCGAUCUAUUGCAAAAUGAGUGUCGACGACGUGAUCAACUAUAAACCCGACGAGGACGAGGAUCUUUACGCACUUUUAUCCUGCGACGAAUCUUCCACGGUCGAGCAAAUUAUAGCAGAAUACAAGGCACUGGCCUUGCAAUAUCAUCCUGACAAAAAUGCUGGUGACAAAGAAGCCGAGGCAAAGUUUCAAAAGCUUAAGAAUGCCAAAGAGAUUCUCUGCGAUCCAGAAAAGAGGAGCAACUAUGACAAGUGGAGGAACAGUGGUAUUUCCAUUAGCUACAAGCAAUGGGUUGGAAUGAAGGAACACGUUCAUCAAUCGAUGCAUUGGAGUACGCCAAAAACAAAGGACCGGAUGUUACCGGAUGGAAGUACCACCGUUGGUAGUGGUGGAGGAGAUGCAGAGGGUUCACCUGGUACUAUGAAAGUGCAAGCACCGAAUACUCACAGAAGGGCCAGCGAAGGUGGGGCAAACAUUUACUACGGUGCACGACGUGAUGUCGAUUGGGACUCACAGGCCUCGAGCGAGGUCGUCAAUAAAUUUCGUAACUAUGAAAUAUAAAAUUUGAAAUAUAAUAAGAGAAAAGCAACGAUCGUUGUUGAUAAAGGAUAUUUCCUUGUUCGUAUUGUGCAGGACCAAGCUCGAUCGUUACGUUUCUCUAAUUAUCUCAAUUGCUAUCUGUUUGACGAUGAAGUUAAUCCCUUAAAACAACAACAACAACAACAGCAACAACAACAAAAACACAUGUAUACGCAUAUAGGGUGUCCUAUUUGAAUCGAUUCGUAUUACAAUCAUUGUAUAUGUAAUAAUCUUUAAUGGUGUUGUUAAUAAACAUGAUGUUAGUUUAAUUUGAUUAAUAUUCUGACUAAUAAUAAUGAUUAACAUUAAUUUUACACAAAUCGAAUUGACUUCGAUCCUAAUGUGUUAUUUAGUUGGAAAGAAUCGAUUGAAAUGGGACACCCGUGAUAUACGUGAAGGUGUGCGUCAAUACAUAUACACGAUAUACACGUAAACGUAUACAUACCUCUUUGUGCAUUUAUCGUUCGUCACUGUCCAACCAACAGGAACAGCAAAAUGAUACAGAAAAUGAUCCUAAAGGGAAGUUUUAGUUUUUCUUUUUUUUAGCUCUUAUGAUUCGUAUUUAUUUAAUUCUGAAAAUUAUCAGAUACUAUAUAUAUAGAUGUAUAUUAUAGCUUAGGAAUUUGAAUAGAACAUGUUUCUUGUUGCUUUAAUAAUAAUUAAUUAUUUCUUUUGAAAAGAAAUUUACUAUUUGAGAUAAAAAGGAUAUUAUAACCCUUUGCACUCCAGAGGUGACUCUCGUUCACCAAAGAGUACUGGUCACAGAAUGAUAUCAGUUACAUGCCUUUUUAUUCA